UUUGCUUGCUGCAGUCUUGCGGAUGCACCGUUACGAAGUAACCGAGAAACGGACUUGUUAAUAUUAGCUAACGUUACUCUCCUUCUACUUUUAUCCCCUCUCGCCACCCUUGCAGGCGUUGAAUAGGUUCGAGAGUUUCACUGCCUCUUCUUAGAGAGUUUAUUUGUGGCUAUUACCUUUUUUCCAGACUUGAUUUGACAGUAUCGUGGAGAACGUGUGUACAGGCAGCUAGUUUUAACAAUGGCGACAGCUGCGGUAUCUGCCCCUGUUGGCGGCGCCUCCAACCCCGGAUCGGGAGCUGAGUUAGUCCGCGGGCAGGCCUUCGAUGUCGGUCCCCGCUAUAGUAACCUGUCGUACAUCGGAGAGGGCGCCUAUGGAAUGGUUUGCUCGGCCUAUGACAGGGACAACAAAGUGCGGGUGGCCAUCAAGAAGAUCAGCCCUUUUGAGCACCAGACCUACUGCCAGCGCACCCUGAGGGAGAUCAAAAUCCUGCUGCGCUUCAAACACGAGAACAUCAUCGGCAUCAAUGACAUCAUCCGCGCACCUUCCAUCGACCAGAUGAAAGACGUCUACAUCGUGCAGGACCUGAUGGAGACCGACCUAUAUAAGCUGCUGAAGACGCAGCAUCUCAGCAACGAUCACAUCUGCUACUUCCUGUACCAGAUCCUGAGAGGUCUCAAGUACAUCCACUCGGCUAACGUGCUGCACCGUGACCUCAAGCCCUCCAACCUGCUUCUCAACACCACCUGUGAUCUCAAGAUCUGUGACUUUGGUCUGGCCCGUGUGGCAGACCCAGACCACGACCACACCGGCUUCCUCACAGAAUAUGUGGCCACGCGCUGGUACCGGGCGCCCGAGAUCAUGCUUAACUCCAAGGGCUACACUAAAUCCAUUGAUAUCUGGUCAGUGGGCUGUAUUCUCGCAGAGAUGCUGUCCAACAGACCCAUCUUCCCGGGGAAGCACUACCUGGACCAGCUGAACCAUAUUCUGGGCAUUCUGGGCUCACCCUCCCAAGAAGACCUCAACUGCAUCAUCAACAUUAAAGCCAGGAAUUACCUGCUGUCCCUCCCCCUCCGCUGCAAGGUCCCCUGGAACCGCCUCUUCCCUAACGCCGAUCCGAAAGCUUUGGAUCUGUUGGACAAAAUGUUGACCUUUAACCCCCACAAGCGGAUUGAAGUGGAGGAGGCCCUGGCCCACCCCUAUCUGGAGCAGUAUUACGACCCCACAGAUGAGCCUGUAGCAGAGGCCCCGUUCAAGUUUGACAUGGAGCUGGACGACUUGCCCAAAGAGACACUGAAGGAGCUGAUUUUUGAAGAGACGGCACGCUUCCAACCAGGAUUCAGGUCCUAAUUCUCCACCCAGAUCUGCCCUGGACUGACUCCGCCCCGACGCUGCUGCUCUCCUUGCCUGCUUCUCCUCAACGAUGUGCUGUGGUUUACGUCUCGGCUCGCCAUUCCCCUCCCCUCCCCCCGCUCCCGCCCCGUCCGCUCGGGACCCGCUUCAGGAAUCUCUCUCUUUUAAUCUCUCUCUCUCUGUCUCUUUCUCUGUCUCUUUCUCUCUAUCUUCAUUGCAUGUUCUCCU